UAUUCGUUCUAGUCCCAAGUAGCACAUACAUAACUACCAAAAAAGCAGCAAUAUAGUAUAUAUAUAUAUAUAUAUAUAUUUUGAAUUCAACUCUAAACCAUACAAAAAUGGCUGAUAACCCGACCGAGGAGGUACCGCCAGCAGCGCCUGCUGACGAGGUUGCAGCGCCUGCUGACGUGGUUGCAGCGCCUCCUGACGAGGUUGCAGCUCCCGAAGAAGCUCCUUUGCCAGAGGCAAUUCGUACAGAAGAGACAGCCGAAAUUCUAGUAGAAAACGAAAUAGUCGAGGCCAUUGAGGAACACCUCCCAGCCGAAGGAGAGGAACAGCCAGUGGAAAUGGUCGGAGAAGGUGAAGAGCAGCCAUUGGAGGAUGGUCAGGAGCCUGAAGUAAAAGCCACGGGUCCCGUGACCGCCAGUGAACGAAAGCGCCAGAAGCUCGAAAAGAUUAAGAAAAUGCUUGACCAGGAAAAGGCGGCAAUGAGAGAAGCCCUAGAGGCUGCAGAAGCAGAGGCAGCGAAGGAAGCCAGAGAGGAGGAGGAAGAAGGCUCCCACGAAAUCUACCACUUGUUAGGAUCCGAUGAAGGCGCACAGUCCUCUGACGAGUUCGCUGAUCUUAAGGCCGUGCUCAACGAGUUGGAUGAUAUGGAACCAACAGGGUCGGUAGGUGGUGAAGAAGAGGAUGCGGAGUCUGUCUCCAGCGAGGAUACACCUCGGCCAAGACUGCAGAAAUCGAUCAAGGGCACGUUUCUCCGCGAGUUCGAGAGCUUGCCCAGCAUUUCGGACAUAUCCCUAGACAUAUCGUUUGAGGAGGCAGAGCCCAUACCCGAUGACCAGAAGAAAGCCACUGAAGAGAAGGAUGAAGGACACUUUGUGAAAGGAGACGCUUUCGAUGGCGAGGACGAGUCCGAGGGCUCGUCAUCCGACCAAAACACAGCGAAUGCCGGAAUAGCUGGUGUCGAGGAAGAAAGCGAGUCGGAGAAUUCACUUAUAGACGACAUACCGGAUGAUCAGGAGGUUACCGAGAAACGUGUUGUCAUUAAAGAGGAAGAAGACGACACCAUGGCCAUGUUUACGGAUGCAUUGGAGGCGGUUCCUAGCGAUUUUGUUGAAAACGUGGUUGUGGCCGAAGAGCCCUUCUGGUAUCGGCUUACCGCCGACUUCGUGGAGAAUCUCAUCGCUACGGUGGUGGAAAAACUUGAAAAAGCUGCAUUAUCGGAACAAACACUGGACAAGAACAAGAUGCUUUGGAGACUUGCUGAAGAUGUGGACAACUACUUAUAUGAGCAUUGCCUAAACACCCAGAUUAACGGCAUUAUCAGCGAGUACUUCCGCCGCAACCACAAGAAAUCGCCAUUCUUGGUUUUAACGCCAGAGGAUGCUGCCAAAGAGCGCCUGCGCUUCCACCAAGCCCUCAAUGUGGUCGAUAGCCUAAGGGAACGUGUGAAGCUUAUGAAAAUCAAUUAUGGCACCAACACGCACAAGGCGAUGAUAGAGCUAAGCUCGCUGACUGUGCUCUCCUUCAACGAGGAGCAGCGGCUGGAGGGAUUAAUGCGCAGGACCCUCGUCCGCCGGGAUAUGGAACGGCUGAGGCGGAUUCUGGACAACGAGCUCAGACGCAUGCAGGAUAUGCGGAAUCAGGUCAGCGAGAAGCGCUACGAACUCAAUUUGAACCUCCACAAUUUGGCCUUUGUGGAUCAGAAAGUUGCGAAAUUUGAAAUGAUCACUGACACCUUGACCAUUUCUCAAAUGCUUUGCGCCAAUGAGUCCAUUAUACAUUUGGGAAAACAAUUAGAAGAAAAAAGCAAGGAUGUGUUGUUCAUGCAGUCAAACUACAAAAAGUCAAUGAUCGAGGAGACCUGCGCCCGCGAGAAGCGGGACAUGAUCUCAUAUUCGUUGGCAAAGGCCAAGUUAAAGUAUGAUGAAAGGUUAAAGCGACGUAAUCAGUUGCGGGAGGAGCUCACCAAACUCCAGUGGGAGCAUGCCCAGCUGAAGGCCCAGCGCGCCCGGCUGGAGGUCAAAGGUGGUCUGCUCUUCAAGGUCUCUCUGAUGUACGACUACGACAAGUGUAUGGACUUUGUCGAGGAAAAGCGCAAGAGUGUCAAAAAGUUGAAGGCUUUGAACGCCGAAAUGUCCAAACGGGUCGUAAUAAUGGAAAAGGACAUUCGAGCGUCCAGUAAGGCGGUUGUCCAUAUUUAUUAGCUGCCAACAUUUGUAGUUUUGUAUUUUCCCUAUAUUCAAAACAAAAAAAUAUAUUGG